AGCUCGCACGGGGGGCGGGUACAUUACAGGCAGAUCGACGGGGCAGCUGUGGCCCGUGUCAGCGCCUCAGAGGACAGUCACACUGUGUGUUCUCCCCUCCCCAGGAAACACCGAGACCUUCCUGUGCCCUCCUUUCACUUUCGCUCUUUUACCCUCUGCAGAACCCUCUCCGCUGGCCUGAGGUGGGGGUGUGCGUGGGUGUCUGUGGGUGAGGUAAAGCCGUGGUUCUCAGCCAGGGGUCCAUGUUCCCCUGGGGGCACGCAGGGGUCUUCCAGGGGGGACAGCAACUCAUCUAGCGAUUUGCCUGGUUUUACAACAGGCCACGUAAACAGCACUAGCGAAGUCAGGACAAACUCAACUUUCAUACCGACACUGCCUUGUUUGUCCUGCUCUGUAGACUGUUCGCUGAAAUCAGCGUGGGGCAAAGUCCCCGAUGCAGAGCGGCUCUCUUCUCCCCAAGUCCAGGAAGCCUCUUCCGCUCCCGAGUGUGAAAUCUCCGGGGACUCGGGAUCCAGGGAUCUGCUCCCAACACUCCUGCAAGGUCAGCAGGUCUUCCUGAGCAGAGUGAGCCCAAAGGGCCGGCUGUGAGCCCGCAGUGCCACAACCCCGCUGGGGGGCCUGGGCUGGGCGGCCCCAUGGCCCCGUACCACAUCCGGCAGUACGAGGACGGUGACUACGAGGCGGUGCGCGCCAUGUUCGCCCGGGGGAUUACGGAGCACGCGCCUGCUGCGUACGUCCACAUGCUGACCCGUCCCCAGGCCCAGCUUUUCUUCCUGGCCCUGUUCCUGGCGGUGCUCGCGGCCUCCGGGUCCCUCCUGGUCUCCCUCGUGGCUGUCCUGCUGGCUCUCGCCGGGGGCUGGUUUUUCGUCCGGUCUCUGUGGAUCGGUUACGUCCAGCAGUCUCUUCGCAGCGACCUCCUGGACAUCCAGAGAAGCUACCUGGAGCCAGCAAACUCUUGUUUCUGGGUGGCAGAGGCUGAGGGGGCGGUGGUGGGCAUGGUGGGGGCCGUCCUGCCGGUGGACCCCUCGGAAAGGGGGCGCGCCCUGGAACUGAAGCGCAUGUCCGUGGGGAGGGAGCACCGGUGCCGGGGCAUCGCCAGGGCGCUCUGCAGGACGGUCAUCCGCUUCGCCCAGGAACGCGGGCACAGUGCGGUCGUGCUGUCCACCUCCAUGGUUCAGGACUCGGCCCAGCGGCUGUAUGAGAGCAUGGGCUUCCGGAGGGUCUCGGAGGGGUCCCCAUCCCGCCUCGCCAGCUUCCUGCAGUUCUCUGUGUUUUAUUACCGAUACGAGAUUCCUGGCUCUCGCUGAAGGCUCGGGGGUGGCUUGUUAAUUAACUCCCAGCCAGUGGCUACUUUUUUACCUUUUUUGUUGAGAAAUAAACUGAACUUGGAGGAAAAGUCUCGCACACAUGA